AUGACCCCCGUGAGAACCUCGCCACACGAAAUGGAACCUUGCAAACCCUACUCUGGUGCGCGGACCUGCCUACCUCCUCCGGAACACCCCGACCAAGGCCUCGCGCGGAGCGGCACCGCUACCCGCGAAGAAGAGCGCGCCGUGACUCUGCGUCAUCCGCGAUACCCCGACGAUUCCAACAUCUUGCUUGUGCUGCCGGCGCUUGAUCCAAUUCCCCGCCCGGGUCGGGUCUUCACUGAGGACGACCCCCUUAGCUUUGGUCUGCACCACGACACGGCGCGCGUUGCGUGCGCCAUCAUCGCCAACUGCCGCUGGGAUGGAUACCUUUCCGAGAGUAAGGAGGACGGCGCGCCACUGGUAACGACCGACCCAGACCAUAUUUUGCCGGGGAGCACCUACUACUUCCAUGUGCCGAGCGACACUGAUGACGGUGAGCAGGGUACGCCGUACCCAAUCGUGCCAUCCUUUUCGCACUUCCGGUUCCCGCAUAAUAACUUGCCACCUACAUGGACGGCCUCGAGACUGUCCUUCCCCGCAAGCCACCCUAAACCGCCGCGCAAGUUCUCCUUUGAGAAUACGGUCCUUACGCGUGACGGCUCCUGCCGACUGACAGCGUCUACGAUUGGCACUGAGAUUGCCCACUUUAUCCCCCGCACGGAGGACCCCUGGUUCGCCGCGAACCAAAUGUUCCAGUACUCAUCGCGGCCCGAGGCUGUCAUCACCAACAAGACCAACAACCCACGCAACGCCAUGCUCAUGGGUGCCCAGCUGCACUCAGUCUACGACCAGCGUCAGUUCGUCAUGGUCCCGAAAUGGGGCGCCUGGCUGAUUCACGUCCUCUCAGGCUGGCACGGCGAGGAGCUGGCCGCCGUGUACCAUAACGUCCCGCCGCAGCCACUAUCAGGCUUGGCAGUCGAGUACGUCUUUACACGCUUCGCAUGGACGGUGCUCGCUCAAACGAGCUUCCUCGAGGCGGGCGUGUCCCGCCGCAUCGUGGUGCGCGGCAAUGACGGAUUGCCAACGGCGCGUGAAGUUUCGGGGCCGGACUGCCGCACCAUGUUUACGCCAAGUUCGGCUAGGUCUAAGAGCCGUAGUCAAAGCCCAAAGAAACGCGUGCGGGAUGACACGGUCGAGGAUGGUGAAGACAAUUACGAUGACUUGAGGGACUUUGACGAUCCUGUGUGGGAUACGCGGGGACGGCCCAGCAAGAGGACAGCCUACGGAUCGGCCACGACAUCCGUCGCUUCUAGUUUUGAGUGUUGGCGUGAUGAGUCAACAGACUGCGAAGCUGAAAAUGGUACCAGGGGCGCUGAGAUACGGUGCUCGCUUUGA